AUUUCCGAGCGUGCCUCGCGUAGUUUGGAGUUCAAUGGUGCCGCGUCUAUAACGAACUAACCAAAAUGAAUCGGAUUUCAUUUUAAGAUAUUUCGCUGUGUGUUCUGUGCUCAUAGAACAUCAUCUAAAGAAAUCUAAAGUUAAAAUGACCAGUCCUGAAACUGUAGAAACAGACGAUUUAAUAAAAUGCCGAACUUGUUGGGCGGACACAAGUCCAGACGAGUACGUUCGGGUAACGGAUAAAUGGACAGACGGCGUGCGUUGCGUUAAAGAUGUCCUGGAUUUCUGCGUGCCUCUCGUGGUGAUCGAAGAGGACAGUGUGAUAUGCCACAAAUGUUUCAACAGCCUGGAAGGUUGCGCAACAUUUAUCGAAAGAUGCCUCUAUGUGGAUAAGGUUCUCAAAGUCGAAAACCAGGAGGAUGAAGAAGAUGACGGCGAUGAUAAGGAAAUCGGUAUUUCCGUGGCUGAUUCCGACAAUUUCGACGAGAGCUCAAUCGAUUCGCAGCAGUUGCCAGACAAUAAACGCAAGGGCGCCCAGAAAAGGGACCACAGUUACUGCAAUGACGACGACAAAGAGAACAACGGUAGCAAAGCCAAGAAGCAAGCGUUGGGCAAUGAGCAAUCACCAAAAAAGCUGGAUUUAUUGAAUAUCAAGCUUCCCAACCUUAAGUUUAAGACGGUGAAGGUGUGUCACUUUAAAUGCGAGAAAUGCACCAAGAUCUUUACAAACCUUGUGGAGUACCAAACACACAUGGAGAGCGUCAAAGACGCUCCCGAGUGCGACUAUGAGCAGUGCGACAUUUGUUUGCAAAAGCUGCGUAGAGGCGACCUCAGGAAUCACAAGGAAGAGCAGCAUUCCAGCCACGUUUGUGAAGAGUGCGGCAAAUCUUUCUCGUCGUUGAUCGCACUCAAGUCCCACCAGCGUAACGUUCACCCCAAAGAAUCUUACCCUUGUCCGCAUUGCGAGAAAGUGCUCAAAACGAUGAAUUCGUUGCAGUGCCACAUCCGACAUGUUCACAAAGAGGAGGACGAUAGAGAACAAUAUCAGAAGUUUAUGUGCGACCGAUGCCCCAAACGUUACGAGAAACGGAGCUCGCUAGAGCGCCAUCUUAAAUGGCACGACAACAUCCGCGAUUAUGAGUGCGAACAGUGUUACAAAAGCUUCUUCACCAGCAACGAGCUGCUAUGUCACGCCAGGUUGAUGCAUUCCAACGAGGAGACGUUCUUCUGCGAGAUUUGCGGCAAGGGUUUCGUCCGUUCGGACUACUUGCGUCGCCACAUGGCGUAUCACGCGAAGUAUGUCGACUCGUCGUGUCCUGUGUGUAAAAAGCUGUUCCGUUCCGAGACGAAAUUGGCGAACCAUAUGGAGGCGGGGCACGACGCGAACGGCGUGUCACUAGAAAAGCCGAAAUCGCGUACUCAGACCGGCAAAAACAAGAUCCCCGGCCACUACAAAGCCAAGUGCGUCUGCAAGAUAUGCAAGAAGGUGAUCGCAAAUCCUUUCGGCCUGCGCGUUCAUUACAAGUCGCAUUUGAAACUCAAAUCGUUCAAGUGCGAGUUUUGCGGGGUGCUGCUGCAGUCGCCCAUUUCGCUCAAGCGCCAUCACGAGCUGCACAAGGACCCGAACUACAAGUACAGCUGCAAAAUAUGUCACGCGCGUAAGUCGUCGGCUGCCGAGCUGGACUACCACACCAACACGGUGCAUAAAACGAAACGGUACAAGUGUCACAUUUGCUCGGAGGCGUUCGGCAGACGGUAUCUCCUGGACAGCCACCAGGCGACCGAGCACGCCGACGAAAUCAUCAAGCGCGAACUGAUCCUGGAGGAGUUAAGCAAGGAGACGAUGUACCUCGACCCGGAAGACGAGGCCAACCUGACGUACAGGGGGCCGAAAAACAACAAGGGCGUGAAAGUAGGCGUGGACGACGAGGACAUCAAUGAAAUCAUUCGGGAAAUCGGCGAGGAGGCCGGUCUGGUUUUGGACGACGACGACAGGGUCCAAGCUCGGUCCCGUAAACAUAUCCAGGAGGAGGAAGAGGAUGAAGAAGAGGAGGAGGGCGAGCUGCAUCAGGAGACGGAGUUCGUCGACUUGAAACAAGAAAAUGAAGACACUGAAGAGACGGAGGUGAGGGUGAUUCAGGAGCUGGAGGAAAUACCAGACGGGGAGUAUUUGGAGAUGAUCGGAGAAGAUGGUCGCCUGAUUAGACUGAAACGGGAGGACGGGGAGUACGUGGAAGUAUCCGAUUACAUGGAGGGUCAGGAGGUAACAGAAGUCGACGACGGGGAGUACCAGGAGGGCGCGGAAGUCGUCGAACUGUCUGAAGAUCAGCUGGUCGAGUACGAGGAGGGCGGUGCGAGCGGCGACGGGCAGCAAUACGAGGAGAUGAUCGAGGAGGGGGAGUAUUUGGUGUACGAGGACGGGGUGGAGGUGGCCGCGGAAGAGGUGCAAGAGUGAGAGCGGCGUAAUUAGAGUACAUAUAUAUACAUACACUAUCAAGUAAUCUUCUGGCAUAUAUUGGAAUUUUUUGUUUUUUCAUUUUAUUGUUCAAUAUCCUUUCAGUGGGGGGUUGCAGAAAGUGUUUGCAAGUAGUAUUGUUAUCUCCUGCUUUAUAAAUAAAUUGU